UAGCGUGUGACAGAUGCAAUUCUCAUCCCAGUCCUCACCAUCAGACCAGGGGCUUGUUCGCCAUUGGCCCCGUUCACUGGACCGGCAACGCACGGCGCACUAUAACACCAUGCUUUCCUUCGCCAGACCCAGCGGAGCUCUCUCACUAGCGCAUAUCACUUGUGUGCUGAGCUGUAGACUCAGUCCAGACACGCUUCAGAUCGGCACAGAGAGGCGCCACUGAGAUGAGCAAAGAACCAGAGAGCACCGUGUUACUUUAACUGCUGCCGUACUGAAGACGAAAGAGUGGGAUAACGCAUCUAGAUAACCAGGAGAAAACAAAGCCACUGUAAAAGACUGAACUGAAAUGAGGCUCUGAUGUUUGAAGAUCCCAGAGGAUGAGGAAACACGCUCGGUCUAUUCCUGACUAAGAGGAAAGUAAGCUCAUGCCAGUCAUCUGACAGAAACAUAGAGUAAGCAAACAAAAACGAGAGGCUUGUUGGCUGGACUUGUUUUGCUUGGACUCAGCUUCAGGUCCUCCAUGGCGUGUUACUAUAUUGUUAUCAGCUCCACGCACCUCAGCAAUGGACACUUUCGAAACAUCAAGGGAGUUUUUCGAGGUCCCCUGAGCAAGAAUGGCAACAAACAUUUGGACUAUGCUGAGAAAGAGAAAUCCUUGGCCAAAGCCCUGGAAGACCUCAAGGCAAACUUCUACUGUCAGCUGUGUGACAAGCAGUACUACAAGCAUCAAGAGUUUGACAACCAUAUCAACUCGUAUGACCACGCUCACAAACAGAGACUGAAGGAGCUGAAGCAGAGAGAGUUUGCCCGCAAUGUGGCCUCCAAAUCCAGGAAAGAUGAGAGGAAACAGGAGAGAGCUCUUAGACGCCUGCAUGAGCUCGCUGAACAGCGCAGGGAGGUGCAAUGUGCUCCAGGAAGUGGUCCAAUGUUCAAAUCUACCACAGUGGCAGUGGAAGGUACUUUCAGGGAGUCCUGCUGUGACGAUAACCAAGAAGAGAACCAAAGCUUUGCGGCUCAGGACAUAGGGGGUCAGAUCCAUUCCAGUGGCUGUGGAUUAGCUAGUAAGCAGUCACCAUGGCCAUACAAUGGGAGGGCCAAAAAGCAAACUUUCAGACGCAAAAUUGCAUUCUCUUUUUCCUUUCCAAAGAAAGCAUCUGUAAAGCUUGAGUCAUCAGCUGCGGCUUUCUGUGAGAGCACAGAGGAAGGAUUGAUGGAGCGGAGCAACAGACAAAGACUCCGUACACCCCCUGUCGAGCUUGACCUUCCCAGUUCCCCCACAGAGGAGAAAGAACUAAAUUGUGAGGAGGCAAUUUACCACACUGGCACACAGCAGGGCCAGUCUGUCCAAAAAAGUGACAGCACGGAAAGUCAGGGUUCAUCAGAUAUGCCUGUGGGGGGUGAGAGCCCCUUAUCAACUGCCUCAGAUUUGUGUGCUUUGCUUGUUUAUUCAGAAGACGUGCCCAGUCCCUCAGUCUCGCUCUUAACGGCAUCCCCUUGUCAUUUAAACAGUACUGAUAGUCUUCUUAAUUUAGAGGACUCUGUUGAAAGCUUGAAAAACAGUAUUGCUGAAAGUAAACCUGAGACCACUCAGGAGGGGACAGUAGAAGAGAGCAGCAUUACAGAGAAAGAGCACUUGAUUAUCAAUGAUCCUUCUGAAAAGAGUGUCUUAGAUGUGUCAGAGAAGAAUGAUUCUCUUCAAAGCCAAGUGCAAGCAGUGGAUGCAACUACAAAAACAUCUUACUCUUUCACAAAGCCCAGUCAGCCUUUCUUCUCUGUCCUAAGCAGGGAUGGUAACACCAUCUUCCAGUGGCCCUCUGAGAUGGUGACCUUUACAAGGACAGAGCCGUCCCUCUCCUUCAGUUGCAACCCCCUCCAUUUUGAUUUCAAGAGGUCACGGAUUAGAAAGCCUGUUGACACUCAGGAGAUGCCUGAGCCCAAAACUGAUGAGGAAUUACCUGUCUGCUCAAGUUUCAAAUCCUGCCACUCUGACAAGCACAUUGAGGAAUUCACAGCCAGUCCCAGAAACAGUCCCAGCCGAGGACCUGAAAGCAAGGUCAGGAGGUGUCAUCAGUAUUCAAGUGACACGGAGAGUUGUGUUGGCCUGAAAACAUAUGACAGGUGUAGACAUUCCAAAGAUUGGAUCCAGACAAGUAAGAGGGCGGAAAAGAAAUUGCUGGCCAGGCAUCAACGUCAUUACAGGAGCCACACCAAAAGAAAAAGAAGGAGGCGGAAGAGGAGAAGAGAGAGACACUGGAAGACAGAGAGCAAUAUGGUGAAAUGUAAGAAAUUCUACAGACAACCUGAGUGUUUGGAAGAGCUAGAUAGCCAAUUUAGGGGGACCACUUCACAGCAAGUGCAGCCAUUAGAGAAGUCAAAGCAAUCAGCUCAAAAUCAGGCUGAGGACAGCAGCACAGCUCCCUUAGUUGAGAAUGGGGUGGGACGCAAGAGUCAGGAGGCAGCAGCUGAUGUAAACGGCUCAGCGGGCUGUAUCAUUUCCUCUGAUGAGUUCUGUGUCGAUGGUGAAAAGGUGCUUGGGAACAGCGGGAUAAAGCCUGACAAUCCAGCUGCAGGGGAGCUAACAAUCAUAGAACAGCCACGUUUCUACAGCCAAGAUGCAUCUCACUCUCAAAGUGCCAGCUCAGACCAGGGAUGCCCAAAGGUGAUGUCUGCACCAGAAGAGACCGACAGACGUCUACUAUAUGAGGGACACAUUUUGAAAAGGCAACGUACAGAUUCUCUAAGCAGUGGAGAUGAGGCAAGGCCAGAUGAGUUAUGUAGCCUCUGUCAAACAUCAGCUGAGAUUUCUGAUCAAUGUUUAUUAGAAGAAACUAGCUCUGCGGGCACCGAACUUACUUGUUGUGAACAUGGAAUAAGAAAGAAAAGACAGAGACGGUCAUGUGUCCAAGAUCAAACACAAUGCCUUGCAAAUGAUUGUCACAGUUUAAAGAACAGUGAUUUGGAAGAACAGGAAAAGGCUACAGAGUCAAGCAUGAAUUGCCUUGUUUUAAAAGGCGUGUGUGACAGCUCAAAUGGGUCAGAUCCAAUCUCAUGCAGUAUUGAUGAUAGAGAAAGCAGUGAGGUUGAUUCUCAGACAUUUACUUCCAUUAGCUGUGCCCUGGGUCAUACUGUGGUGGAUAGCAGUGACUGGCAGCAGAGCUCCUCCUCUCAGAUCAAUGCUUCAUGCACCAAGGGCAGUCUAGCUUUACUUGAGACAGAUUUAAAGCUCUCGAAGGAACUAACAAAAGAGAACAGCAACAUCCACAGUAGCGAGUCUAAAGCAGUACAAACCCCUGUAAAGAUCUGUAACAAGUAUUCAGUGGCAGCACAGGCCUGCUUACUCAAUGCCCUGCAAAGGACUGAAAAAAACACUCAUGAUAAAUCAUGUCAGCAUAGCCUUCAAACUCCACCACAGAGAUUUCACCUAGGCAUUCAGACUGAGGAGAUGUUGAGCAGGGAGUGCUUCCACACGACCAGCAACCUGUUUCAGCAUUCUCCAUCUUUCCAGCACCCCACAGACGGCAUGGAGAGACACUGUCUCCUGCAGAUACAGAGCCAUGGACAGGUGCUACACCAGCAGGUGUUCCCCACCAAGCUCAAAUCUGUCCUGCCCAGGCCACAUCUGCCCAUGUCAUCUGGUGUUCUCCAUCCAGUUCAUUUGUCGUCUUCUGUGCCUUCUGGCUCGAUCACGAUACGUCACACAAUCCUCCAGCAUCACACACCUUUCCUGGCCCCACAACCCCAACUUUUCCAGCAGGUUGUGCCUGUUUCUCGAUUUCCCCUGGGACCGGAGAUCUGUUCCCCUGCAGCUCCUCCCUUUGUGACCCCUCCACAAAUGCCGGUCGUUGCAGCACCCCCCAGUAUUCACCCUAUGACUGUGACAUUUCAUGCCCUGCCGCGACCUGCUAUGUUUUCACCCAUGUUACCCUCUCAUCCUACUGUCAUUCCCUUGCAGCCGCUCUUCUAGCUCCUCUCUUCUAGUCUUUGUAUGUUACAAAAUGUAUUUUGUACUGCAAUGGUGAGGGCAACAUUGGCAGUAUUGCUUUCUUAGUAAGAAUGUUGAGAUUAGUCCCUGGGUAACAUACAGUACGGUUGUCCUUAGAGUUUGGAAAGAAUGCUGAUUGUGUGCAAUUUUGUCAGUAGAGAUUUGUGCAGAGAACAACUGUGUAAUACUUUAUUAGAAAGUGUGCAGUAUAAUCUACCUACCUGAUUCAUUCUGAUACCUAUUUUAUUAGAAAUUGCUGGCCAUAGUACCUAUUUUAACUAAUUUGUAUUACCACAAAGACUGUAGUUUAUCACAAGCAAAAUGAUUAUUGAAAUACAAAUUUUAGAAUCAAAUCAUAGUAGAAAGAAAUGAUUAAAUAUCAUGAAUACUUAAUUAUGUAUGCAUUAGUCUAUAUACUCUUAGAGAUAAUGACCAAAUUUUCUUAUUAUAAAAAUAAUAAUACUAUUUACAAUGACAAUAGUAAAUAUGAUGGUUGCUAUUGAUUUGCAAUCUGUAGUCCAUAAUGAUCAUAUGUAAAGAUACAAUAUGUAAAGUUUACAGAGAUUACAGUAAAACUGCAAAGAUUUUAAAUAACACAGACCUUCAUCAAGUCUGUCCGUGUUUAAACCGAAUCACCCUGGUACUAAUGUAAGAUAGCACUUUCUUUUAAUAUACAGCUGCUGUGCCUGUCAAAGGUUAUAGUGGAAUGCAGCAGAAUAGCGCUAUGCACCGUGUGCUAUGACAGCACUGUGUUGGACACAUACAUAGUGCUCAUUUAUAUGAGUAGUCUUUAUGCAAAUUUAAAAACCCAUAGCAUGUAAUGGGAGCGCUGAAUGUGACUGUUGAAAGCUGAGCUGAUAUGGACAAAUUAUAUUUCUUAUUUUGCUAAUUACCGGCAGUGUCAACCUCAGUACAGCGAAUACACAAACAUGCCGAGUGACAGUUUGGUUUAGGCUACAGGAUGGGUUAUGUGUGGAUUUUACUUUAGAUUUACAUGCUAUUAGUAUAACAAUUUGAAAAGAAGCACAAAAAAUUGCCAAGUGCAAUUCAACACGUGAGUGUUCAUGUAUCCCAUAUCAUGUAUCCUGCUUGGAUGAAGACAACAUAGUAGAUCUAUCCGAUGAGUACAUGCUCUUGAACAUAGAGCACCCUGCCCUGUAGCAUUUCUUUAGGAAAUAUUAUUUUGCAUUACCUGUUUGGAAACCUUAAUGGUUUAUAUUGUAUUUCCGAGAAUGAUCUGCCAUGUAAAGUUAAACCAAUUGUUGACGUUUUCAGUUUGAUUGCCAUAUUACACAUGGAUAUAAAGAUUACAAGCCUUGGUGAUAAAAUUCUCAUAAUAUGAUCAAUUGCACACAUAUUUGAUCAGACUUUUUCAUGGAAUCACGCUAUGAAAUAAUUCCAAAACAGAAAUUCAGUUUUGUUAGCAAAGGAAUUAAUUUCUCUUGCUUGCAUCAGAUGAAAGAGACUAAACUCAAGAGAAGGAUUCGUUUACUUAUUUAAGACACUAACUACUUAUACUUGAAUGAAAAGCAAGUUAGUUCAAGAAGACCAGAGAAAAUUCUGUGUGUGUUUGAAUUUUCACAAUCCUUUCAUUUUUAAAGGAGAUGUGUUCUGGAAUUAAUGAUUUUCUCAAUAGCCAUAUGGAAAGUAGACUGUACUCAAUUAAUUCUUAAUAAUUAUGAUCAACCAUAUGUUUUUUUUUUACUUUUUAUUUAUUUUUGAUAUCCUUAUUGUUUAAAAGUACAAUAUAUACAGUUCCACAAUGAUAUUGCACCACUCUUAGUGAACAAGACUUAGAAAUGAGGUUAUUAAACGUAACUAAAUAAAUUAAAUGAAAAUAAAAUGAAGUCAUACGAGGUUAAUCGUGCAAAAUACUAUGAUUAUCAUAAAAACAAUAAUGAAACCCCACCCUUAACCCCAGUGUCACAGGGGCAAAGGCAGAUUGUACAAAAAUGAUUUAAUACGAAUUAGCCACCUCGUAAAUUCUGUAUGAAUUGCCAUGAGAUAGCAUUAGACAUGCCUAUAGAGUGCCGCAGUAAUGAGGUAUUUUUGUAGGCAAACCCGGAAGUUAGCGGGAUACUGGUUCCCUCGCAAAAAAAGCUCAUGAAUUUUGUCUGUAUACUUUUGGAUUACCACAAAAAAUAAGCCUAGUGUUUAACAAAAGUUUAAGACACACCAUUCACACCAACCGCGGGAGAGGCGUCAAUAACGCAGAAUAACGCAAUUUUUUGUGUAGUUGGACGCUUGAACAUUUUAGUUUACUCGCUUCAUUUGCGCAUGAAAUUCUAAUCAUUCGAGACAUUCACACAGAAAUUCGCGUCAUGGGAGGGAUUUCUGCGACUCCGCUGGGACUCCGCUUACUUCCUGUAAUCAUGUCACUACUACAGCAAGGUCCUGAUUGGUUAACACGGCACAGAAAUCCGCUGAAGUUCAGAUUUUUCAACUCACGCGUUUCCUGCACCGUGCGUUCCGCGUUAUUCGCGCAACACGACGCAGGAUGCCUAAUCGUGUCUAUGCAUUGACUUAACAUGUAAAUCACUCGUGCUUGCCGCUUCUACUGCGUCUGGUGUGAACCCUGCAUCAGACUAACAUGUUUUGUCCAACAAGUUAAUCACAGAUGAACACAACUUUUAUAAAUUUUGAAGUGAAAAUUAAGCUUUUUAUAUUUCUAGUAAACAUAUUUACACUUCAGAAUCCAUAAAUUGUGUUUAUCUGUGAAGUUUUUUUUUUGUUGGACAAAAUGUGUCAUUCUCAUAAAAAUGUUUGUGUUGUUUGAGUUGUUUUUAUUUUGUGAUAAUCCAAAAGUCUAUUGGAAAAAAAUGUAUGGGCUUUUUUGCGAGGAAGCCAGUAUUCCGCUAACUUUCAGGUUCAAUGCACACAAUAAAGAAAAAUCUAUUAUGUAGUUAAAAAAAGGUUAAGAGGACUUUUUUGUUAGUCUGAAUAUCUUGAAGGCAUGUAACGUCUUUACAUAGUAUAUAUAUGUGCUCUGAAAUAGUAUGGGAUAUUGUUCUUUUAAUAUUUUGUUAUAAAACCCAUCAGAUUCCUCUCUUUUAAUUAUGUUUAGUUUUGAAAACCGCCUAGAAAGUUAUAUAAAUGCACAAUGUUACUUUCCCUGCAGUUGACUUUACUUGCUUUAAAAACUGUAUAUGCUGUAAAUCAAUACUAUUUAUAAAUCAUGUAAGAUGUACAUAUGUUUUAUGUUUUUAUUGUGCAAGGUACCCUGUAUGUAUGAAUUAUUUAGAUAAGAUAAAACAACUAUGUUUUUUACGCCACUUUGCCAACUGAAUGAUGCUGAAGUAAUAUGUAAUAAAACAAAGAAACAAGA